UCACGAGACUUUUAUUUUACUUUUUUUAAUUUCUCACAUGUGGAGAAUGAUUUCCUGUUCAAUGUCCUGCUGCUACAAACACUGAGCAACAAAGGUUGCUCAGAUCAGCUGUGCUCUGCUUUACUACUUUUGGAGCUAGGUUUAGUUUGUCAUGCUCCAACUACUAGAACACACAAGACCAUGUGCUGUGACACCCCCCUAUUGGGGAAAACAUCUGCUCUGUGCCCAGCAUCACGUGCAUGUACCGCAUCCUGUUUCCUCCUCUUAUAAAACAAGAGGCCUUUCGUUCCACACUGAUCAGAUAUGCAGUGAAGUCUUCCUCAGAGUAAGUCCAGCUCCAGAAGAGAAAAGUGGGAAACUCCACCUGCUGCUUCAAGCUGCUGACGCUCCACAGACUGAAGCUUCACUCAGACACUAAAUGGCUUCCAGAUCAGAGGAGGAUCUCUGCUGUCCAGUCUGUCAGGAUGUCUUUACAGAACCUGUUGUUCUGUCCUGUAGCCACAGCUUCUGUAGAGACUGUCUCAAGACAUGGUGGAUAGAGAAACCAACACGGCAAUGCCCAAUGUGUAAGAGAAGAUCUUCAAGAGAAAAUCCACCUGUUAGUCUGGUCUUAAGGAACCUGUGUGAGUCCUUCUUACAGGACAGAGCUCAGAGAUCUUCAGAGACUCUCUGCAGUCUGCACCAUGAGAAACUCAGACUCUUCUGUCUGGACCAUCAGCAGCCAGUUUGUCUCGUUUGUAGAAAUUCAAAGAAACACAAAGACCACAGAUUCAGACCCAUUGAUGAAGCUGCAGACGAUCAAAGAGAGAAUCUGAAGAGAUCUCUGAAAACCUUAAAGGACAAACUGGAGCUGUGUCAGAAAGUGAAAGACGAGUUUGAUCAGACAGUAAAACACAUUGAGGUCCAGACCCGACACACAAAGACGCAGAUUAAGGAGCAGUUUAAGAAGCUUCACCGCUUUCUAAAAAAGGAAGAGGAGGCCAGGAUGGCUGCACUGAGGGAGGAAGAGGAGCAGAAGACUCAGAGGAUGAAGGACAAGAUGGAGGCUCUGAGCAGAGACAUAGCAGCUCUGUCAGACACAGUCAGAGCCACAGAGGAGGAGCUGAGAGCUGAAGACGUCUCCUUCCUGCUCAACUACAAGGCUGCAGUGGAAAGAGUCCAGCAGCGCCCCCUGCUGGAGGAUCCACAGCUGCCCUCAGGAGCUCUGAUAGACCAGGCCAAACAUCUGGGCAACCUGAGCUUCAACAUCUGGAACAGGAUGAAGGACGUGGUCUCCUACACUCCUGUGGUUCUGGAUCCAAACACUGCUCAUCCAAGACUGAUCCUGUCUGAAGAUCUGACCAGUGUGAGAGGAGGAGACAAACAGCAGCUUCCUGAGAAUCCAGAGAGGUUUGAUUACCCCUCUGUCCUGGGCUCUGAGGGUUUUAACUCAGGGACUCACAGCUGGGAUGUGGAGGUUGGAGACAGUUCCUAUUGGGCACUGGGUGUGUUACCAGAAUUUGUCCAGAGGGAGGGAGACUUAUGGCCUGGAUUAUGGGGAAUAGGGUUUCUUCAUGGUAAAUUCUCAGCACAGUCACCACCAGCUCCACUCACUGAUCUUCCAGAGCAGCAGAAGUUCCAGAGGAUCCGAGUGAAUCUGGACUGGAACAGAGGAAAACUGUCUUUCUCUGAUCCUGAUACUAACACACACAUACAAACCUUCACACACACUUUCACUGAGAGACUGUUUCCACUCUUUAGCACUUGGGAUACACUGAGUAUUUUACCAGUGAAGGUCUCUGUGACAGUGAUCAGAAACGUUAGAGACAAAGAUGAUGAUUAGAUUCAUAAACUUGUUUAUUUCUUCACUGCUCCUGUUCCCUGCUGCCUCAUUAUUACAAAGCUUUUGUUUAUCACUCAUUUCUGUUUAGAUUCUUCCUCUUUCUUAUUUUAAUUAUUUACUUUUGUCAUUGUAAAUUUUCCUCCACGUGUUUUUAUCUUAAAUUUGUUUUAUUAUGUUUUUGUUUUGUCUUUUUAAUUUUGGCCUAACUUUAUUAUUUUAACAUCUAGUUAAUUAAUGAUGUUAAUGUGAAGAAAUGAUGUUAAUUUAAGUAAAACAGCAAGCUAGUGACAACUGGCAAUACUGUGUAAAGUUAAUGUAAACCUUCAUGAAAAUGUUUGAUAUAAAUGCAGCAUUACAUUUUUUACCAUUAAAUAAGUUAAUAAAUCAAAUAUAUUUAC